AUGAUCAAAUCCUCUCUUUUGCUGUUGGCCUCGUUCGGCGCUGGUCUAGCUCAAUCAGCUACCCUCGAAGACCUUUACCUGGAGAAUGCGCCUUCGUCUCCGCGCCCCUAUGUCAUCCCGCACUAUGCCAACUCGCAUGCUGUCACUGUUGGUGACCAGCUGUACCGCUUUACAGUUACUGGUCCCUCUUCUGAUUAUGCGUUCACUUUGAUGAGCACCAAUGCGCCUUCUAGUGGUUCUUUGGGUGUGUUGCCGCACAUUCACCAGAAGCACUAUGAGAACUUCUUCAACUUCAAGGGCCGGUUCCAGCUUUGGGCUCAGAAGGACUCGAAUGAGCAACAGGCUCGUUUGCUCACCCAGGGUGACUAUGGUUCCGUUCCGAGGAAUACCACCCACACCUUUCAAAUCUUGGAUCCCGACACUGAGAUGGUCGGUGUGAUUGUCCCUGGUGGCUUUGAGGACUUGUUCUAUGCCCUCGGAACAAACUACACCUCGAGCACCGACACGCCCUAUGUUCCCGCCCACUCCAACAGCUCUUCGUCGCCCGAUGCCAGUGUCAUUUCUUCAUUACAGCAGUUCGACGUCUACGCCAAACUGGGCUUUGAGCCCCGUCGCGACUUGGUCAACGGCACAGCACCAGUUGACAACUCCGAGUGGCACACCGGCGCCAACGCCCUCGGCUCCCCAGCUCAGCCUUAUUUCAUCGCCAACAGCUACGGCCCCAAGUACCUCAACUCCAAGUUCGGAUACCAGGUCAUCCAGCCUCUGGUCACUCCCACCCAGGCUCAGGAUACCAACUACACUCUGUCGACCAUCUCGCUCAGCCGCCAAACCAUGGACAACGCCCCUACAUACACCCUGCCCGGAGCUGCUGCCUUUGAGGUUGUGGAGGGUGUGCUCAUGAUCCAGAUUGGUGACUACCCCGUCGCGACCCUGUUCAUGGGUGAUGUUGCCUUCAUCCCCGUCGGAGUGUCAUUCACCUACUAUUCCCAGGUGGCCUUCACCAAGGUGUUGCACGUCAGCAGCGGCAGCAACGGCGUCGAUUCGCAGUUGAUCAAGAGUGGACAGAGCUGGAACUAUCCCACUUUCCCCAAAUACUAA